UGUUAAUUGGUUUCACGAUUGUCAAUAUGGUAGCACUAAUCAGCUGUGAAAUUUGGGACAAGCUACGCUAUGCGCAAACAAAAACAUUUUUGAUUUGAAAAUCAGUUGGGAAAUUUAAUUGUGAAAAAGAAAUGGAAAGAUACUUCAAAACAAUAGAGAAGCCAAAAACAUCCAUUAAAUCUGAUGAAAACAUAGAUCGUGAUGACUAUGUUGGCAGGAUCAAGAAAAGAAAAUUUCGGCCAGAAUGGCUAUGCCAGUUUGACUGGUUGCAGAGUAAAGAUGGUGCCGCAUAUUGUAUUGCAUGUGAUAAACCAUUGCAGAACCAUCUCGCACAUCUCUCUCGACAUGCCGGCAAUCAAGUUCACAACUCUAACGUGGAAAGAAAAAACAGCCAAUUAAAGAUGGAUCGUUUCGAAAACAAAGAAUGUGAAAAGUUGCAAAAACCAGUGCACGAUUCGCAAAGUGAGUGUUGCCCAGAUAGCAAUAUAGCAGAAAGAAUAAAGUGCCGCAAUAGUAUCCAUCUUUCUGUUGCUCAUCGAAAAUUUAUUUGUGAUGACUAUGUUGGCAAAAUCAAGAAAAGAAAAUUUCGGCCGGAAUGGCUAGGCCAGUUUGACUGGCUGCAGAGUAAAGAAGGUUUCGCCUAUUGUAUUGUAUGUGAUAAACCAUUGCAGAACCAUUUCGCACAUCUCUCUCGACAUGCCGCCAAUCAAUUACACAACUCCAACGCGGAAAGAAAAAACAGACAAUUAAGGAUGGAUCGUUUCGAAAACGAAGACAGUGAAAAGUUGCAAAAACCAGUGCACGAUUUACUAAGUGAGUGUUGCCCAGAUAGCAAUGUAACUAAGACAGCAGUGUUGACGGAGAAACUAAGUAAAAAAGUGAAGAACACUGUGAGCGAUUUAGGAACGAGAAAGUUUUCUUUGGUGGUGGACGAAACGACGGAUCUAGCAUGCAAAAAGGCCUUGGUGCCAAAAAGGCCUAUAAUGCAUGUGUACAAUUUAUGUCGCAUUUGUCUCACAGAGGAUAGCAGCACAAGCAAAAUGCAGCCUUUGUUCGAAACGGAAGAUGGUGGCACAAGUAACGAGAUUGUGCAGCGGAUAGAAAUUUGUGGAGGAAUAGUCUUAAAGCGCCACAAAGAGAUUCCCAACGUGAUUUGCGUACAGUGUCUAGAAAAGUUGGAAGUUUCAUAUAAGUUCCACACCAUGUGUCAAGCGAGCGAGCAUGCGCUUUUGGAUGCUAUAGUACAGUCGGAAAUGAAGACACAACCAAAAGACUAUGAGGACGCUGAAAUCAUAUCAACACAUGAAGAUGAAAAUGAGGAUGAAAUGCACUGUGAUAUGCAUACAGAAUUUAUUGCUUUGGAAGAUAUAACGGAAACGUUUGGAGAAGAAGUGCUUGAAUCUGAUAUGGAGCCAGAAAAGGUUGAGGUAUUUAUUGAAUACACUGACCGAAUGAAUGAAUAUUUCGAAGAAGAAUUGCCAAAAUCCAUAAUUAAGAAGACUGUAAUACAAAGGCAGCCAGUAACCAACCAAAAUUCAGGUGGUAAACGUGGACUACCAAAAACAAAACGGGAGGCGAUAUCAGUAAAAUCGGAAUUGCAUAGUGGUAAUGAAACGAAUCGAGGUAGAAAAAAGAAGAAAGAACCAGAAAUUGCAAGUAUAAUGUGUGAGAUAUGCGGGAACACAUAUACCAAGCUUAAUUUGUUAAAAAUGCAUAUGCGGCGUCAUAUGGGCAAAAAGCCCUUCGAAUGCGAAAUUUGUGGUAAAACUUUUACUUGCCAUUCUGAAGUUGGUCGUCAUAUGCGUGUGCAUACUGGAGAAAAGCCGUACACUUGUAAAUACUGUGACCGAAGCUUUUCUGAUUGGAGUACAAAUGCACAACAUGAAAGAAUACAUAGGAAUGAACGUCCGUUCACUUGUCAGACAUGCGGCAAAUCGUUCACUUAUUCUACUGUGUUGAAAAAUCAUAUGUUAACUCACACCGGCGAAAAACCAUUCCCUUGUAUACCAUGUAAUAAGACAUUUUCACGUAAAGAUCUAUUGGAUCAACACAUUGCGACCAUAAGACAUCAGCAAACAGUCAGAAAUCUUGGUACGACGGACUUGAAAGUGUAACAUAUGCUAGAAGAAGACGAGCCUAAACAGCAUGUCAUCAAACAAUUCAAACAGUUAGCUCUACGAAUAUGAAAGUUGAACAUUUGUUACAACAAAUUAAUACUAUAGAGCACAUUACAACGAUGACACAUCAUCAAGCUGCCAGAAAUCUUUCUAUUUCCCAUAUGAUAGAGGAAUGCAUUGAGAUUAAAUCUGUGAAAGGCAUAUUGAAGAGGUGGAUGAGAAUGUUGUUCAUCAAGAUACCAAAGUAUAUAUUAAUACAUCAUCAUUUGAUCAUUACACUUGAAUACCAAUAUAUACAUAAAUAAAAUGUACUUUUAAGCAAAUAUAUAUCUAGUAUGAAAAAAUGUAUAAAUAGCGGUAAUGAUCUCCUAGCAUAUAAAAUAAUUUUAUAAUUAAAUAACUGGAUUAAAAUAAAUGAAGUUGUAUGGUA